UCUAAGCAUGAGUAUUUUACAUUUUUGUUGUCUCUUACAUAACAUAAUCCAACUUGCUUUAUAAAUUGCAGUGAACUGGACGCAUGCUGCCUUGAGGACUGCAUUGCACUGCAGCAAGUCUUUCCAACCAAGGGUGGCGGUAUUGAGUAAACUGCAUAUGUACGGCUAUGAACUAUCUCUUUCAGUCCCGUUUCCCUCCAUGGUUCUAUUCUCCCAGAGUUACUUGGUGUUUGGGCCAGUUCUACAUAUUCUCCCUCCAUUAGGGCAUCUCUCGGCCUUUGAGAUUGAUCAUCAAUUCACCGAAAGACAAACUUUUUUAGGACACCAUGGACAUGAAAAAAAGGAUCCAUUUAGAACUAAGAAACAGGUCGCCGUCUGAUGUACGAGAACUUGUUCUUGACAAUUGUAGAUCAAAUGAGGGGAAAAUUGAAGGCCUCACGGCGGAAUUUAACAACCUUGAAUUUCUCAGUUUGAUAAAUGUCGGCUUAAUCUCUGUCUCCAACCUCCCAAAGCUUGGAAAACUCAAAAAGUUGGAGCUGAGUGAUAACAGAAUUUCGGGCGGCCUUGAUGUUUUGGCAGAGAAACUCCCAAAUCUCACUCAUCUAAACUUAAGUGGGAACAAACUCAAAGACAUUAGCACACUGGAGCCAUUGAAAAAGCUUGACCACCUGAAAAGUCUCGACCUCUUCAACUGUGAAGUCACAAACCUUAAUGAUUAUCGGGAGAGUGUAUUCAAGCUGUUACCCCAGCUCACAUAUCUGGACGGAUACGAUCUAGACGAUCAGGAAGCAUCCGACUCUGAUGGAGAAGUUGAUGGAGUUGAUACCGAUGAUGAAGAUGGAGAGGGGGAGGAGGAUGAAGACGGCGAGGACUUUGACGAGGAAGAGGAUGACGAUGAGGAUGAUGAAGUAGGAGAGGAAGAUGAUGACGAUGAUGUCAGUGGAGAAGACGAGGAGGAUUUCAGUCAGGAUGGAGAAGUAGAUGAUGAAGAUGAUGACGAUGAUGAUGAAGAUGAAGAGGAGGCUGAAGGCAAAGGCGAGAAGAGAAAGCGGGAAGCAGAUGAUGAAGACGACGACGAUGACGACGACGAUGAUGAUUAAGAGCCAAGUCUAUCAGUUACCAACAUCCCCCACCACACUUAUUUGCCACCCAACCGGGCCACUCCCACACACUCUGUCACGUCUCCUACAGCGCAGAGCUCUCCCAAUGGGCAAGACUGUAUCGAAUGAAUGGGUAUGUGGAUGUGCACACCCAUGGAACAGUGAGCUGAAUGAGACCCGUUUUUGGCUGGUGGCUCACUCGGCAUUCCACAGUUUCACGGUCAACGCCAACUUGUGUGAGGACUUUGGGGACUGGUUUUUGGGUCUGCUUUUAAUAUUUGUUGGAGAAUUAUGAUUUUCUUUUUUGUGGUUUCUAUGAAUUUUGUUGUAUUGUUUUUAUUGUUGGAUUUAUUAUUGUUUCCUGAUUUCCCAAUAAGAUUAUUGCUAUAGCAACCGUGUCCAGGAAGCCAUCAUUUUGGUGUGGCGGCAAGUGACACAAAUUUAUGUUGUAGUUACAUUUCUACUUGAUGUAUUAAAAACAAAAAAUACUUUGUAAAUAAAAUGUAACAUUUAA